CGCACUUUCAGAUGGUCCCUAACAUUGUUGUCGUCCAGAUUCGAGACAGGAAAAGUCAUGAUCGUAGGAAAUCUUUACAUUUCUGAACACUAUUGUAUUUCACAAAUGUAAUGAUCACAACGCUAAAUGGAAUUCCGUGCAUUUUCUAACAUGGUGUUUCUGCCUAACAUCACAUGACACAGAAAAAAAGCGGAAACUGAUUAUAUUUAGUUUCAGUGGUUAGUGUACAGUAGAGGAUGGUGCUGUGAAUGAACAAUAAUACACGUGUUUUAGGUGUGUUAACAUUUAAAAACGUAUUAAAUGGAGGAUGAAGAAAUAUGCAUCUCCAGAUGUUGUUCAGACUGGAUGUCCGAGAUGUCCGCGGGUUUUUGGGACAUCCCGCUGUGGAAUCUCGCUAUACCCGGAAGUCAUGACACCAUGACUUACUGUUUAGAUCAGCAGUCCUCAGUGCUGAAGUCUGAGCCGAAGGUGCUGCAAGUGUUAGCCGCUUUAUUUCCCUGUAUCGUUCGGCCAUGUAUAAUCAAAUGGGCAACAACACAGGAGGACAGCAUCUCUAACCAGCUGGAUUUAGGCAUUCGGUUUCUUGAUCUCAGAAUAGCUCAUAAGAUAAAAGACCCUAAUAAAGUUUUCUACUUUGCACAUGGGAUCUACUCUCUUCUGACAGUGAAGGAAGCGCUCACAGAAGUUGCUCACUGGUUAGACCAGCACAUCAAGGAAGUGGUCAUCAUUGCACUUUCUGCCUUUGAUGGAAUGAACCUGGAUCAACACAGAGACCUCAUUCAAUUCCUCAUAAGCACUUUUAACAAUAAAAUGUGUCCAAAUCAUGUCACACCCUCACUGCAGGAGUGUUGGAAUCACAGUUAUCAGGUUAUUCUGUCAUAUGAUGACUCAGCUGCGUCUGGACACGAGGAACUGUGGCCCCGGUGUGAAUAUUGGUGGGCAAACACAUCAGAUCCAAACCGUGUUGUAUCCUACCUAGAGGAGAGGAAAGAGGAAGGGAGACCAGAUAGGUUUUUUGCUGCUGGUCUGAACCUAACCGAGGAUGCCAGGUAUAUACUUUGUCAUCCAUGCCAGUCAUUGCAAAGCAUGACCCUGAGCUCCUAUAGUCUGCUUUUGAACUGGGUCAAGCAGCAGCGUCCAGGCUCCGGCAAAACAUGCUUGAACAUCAUCUGUGCAGAUUUUGUGGGGGUUUUCAGUAAUGAAUUCACCCAGCUGGUUAUUGGACUCAAUCAAAAACUCUUAAAAUAGACUUGAUCCAUAAAUAUGCCACAAAUGACGUUACAUUAAAAAAAAAAAAAAAAAACUCUGUGUUACAUAAAAUGUAGCAUCUUUAUUACAGUUUAUCUUGCACAUUCGUGAUAUUUUUGAUGCAACCAUUGUUAUUUUUAAUGUUUACAUCCCAAUAAUUUUCCAGUCUUUUAUGACGGUCCCUAAACUGUGAAGGGAAAAAAUGUUUUGUGUAUUGCUGCCAUCUAGAGGCAAUCCAUAUUUAGGUUCUUGUUUGUUUAGGAGAUUUUGUUACUUGCAAUUUCAUUGUUACAUCAAGCUUGUCAAAGAACUAAAUGUCUUUCCUGCUUUUUCUUGGAUGUUUGACAAAAUGGAAAAGGCAGAUUCAUAUAAUCAAAGACUAAGUGGCUCAAUAGAUUAUAUUGCAUUACCUGUCCAAUGAGUCACACUUAAUAUUAGUAACAUCCAAUGUCUUGUCAUGACUUGAUCUGUUGUUGACACUCUGUUUGGCUUUUAGUCCAUGUGGGUUACAUGUAUGUAUUUGUGGGGUCUAAUUUUAGAUGGCCCCUGUGAUUGCACUUUCUAAGGUGAUUAACAUUUAUAGUAUCUACUUAAGUGAUAAUCCAGUUCACUGAUGCCUUUCACACUUGGUUUGUGUGUGUCUGUGUAGGGUGUAUGAGGUAAAUAAACAAGGGUUUUUUGUUUUUUUAUCAGAAAAUUAUCACAGAAUUUUUUUUUUUAUAAAGUGUUAUUUAAUCUCUCACUUAUUCCAAGAUAAAAUCACAAGAUGUUUCUUGGGCAACUGUUUUAUAUCAUGCAGAGACACUGACCUGGAUAUCAUUUUGAUCAUUUGAUUUUUUUUCACAAUUGUGUUAUAGUAUAGUAUGCACUACAUGCAGUAUCCAAAGAAUUUAGAACAUUCUGAACAGAUCUGGAGCAAGAUGCUUCCAGAGAGCUUUGAGAAUCCCCUCCCUCCUCUUCCAAGUCCCCACCUUUCUCCUAAACAGAUUACUCAGGAGUUAAAGGAGCCUGCAUUCGGCCGCUGUGUCGUCUCUAUGAGGCUUAGAGCCACAGAGGAAACAGAUGGGAUAAGAAAACCAGGGGAUCUAAUUACAGAGGCUUAAUCAGCAAUCCAAGGCCUGUCCAGAACCCAGUCGCACAGCCUCAAGCUUCUGCCCCUCACAGCUUCUCUUUCAGAGGUAUUCGUCUCAGGGACUGGAGACAACUAGAGCUGUUUAACAUGGAGAACGAGGAAGAGGAAGAUGAAAUCUUUACAACAUUGCAGGGAGGAUAUGAAGGGCAGGAAGAUGUGGAGGAGCAGGAGGAAGAAGAAGAACAAGAGGAAGAGGAGCCAGAGGCUGAGAGGAAGAGCAGUUGGGAUGUCCCAAUUCCAAGUCGGUCACUGGCCAGUCGCAGAGCUUCACUUCCAUGCCCGCUGCAUCAAAAUCUGCAAGGAACAGAGUUGGAACAUUUUGAAAUAAUUUUAAACAUGAGGCUCAGCUGAAUGCGAUGCAUCUGAGCCGCCUGCAAGCUGCCACAAUGGCCCCAAGCCCAGCUCACCUGAGCCACUGUCUUCAGCGCGGUGAGGCGAGGCCGUGCUCUCGCUCCAGCCACGUUGGCAAUAAUGAGGAGGGAACAUACACCAAGGGCAGCAUGUGUGAAAGACGCCCACAUCCCAUCCCUACCAUCCCUGAGGUGCACGAGCCUCUGGAGAGAAAAGCCCGAUUUAGGAGCCGCAAUGUCAUGUCUCUGAGUGAUGCAGACAGUUUGUGUCUGAUCUGUCAUGACGACCUACGCAAAGGAGGAGGAGGUAUCAGAGAGCUUCACUGUUCCCACAGUUUCCACAGUGAGUGCAUAGACGAGUGGCUGUGGACCAAGCAGACCUGUCCCACAUGUCAAAAGCAUGUUGCCAUGCCAGAGCCCCUGUACUGGACAUCUACCAGAGUAAUAGUGCCCUGAGCUCUUUCAGCACCCAUUCAAACUACCUUGGACAUCAGCUUUUACAGGAUGGUUACAUGAUGUGGACAAUUUACAAUGGAUAUGAAAGGGGGAAAAAGGGUGGUCAUCUGACCGAUCGCAGGGAGAUUUUAUUCAGAUGGAAUCAGAUGGGCAGAACAUCUCUCUGUACAUAGGCUAAUUGAUUUUGCCACCACUGAGUGUAAAGUUUUUUUUAAAAAUUGUAUUUACAAAUUAAGAAAUUGAAUGUGUUAUUUUCUAUUGUGGUUAUCUUUUUCUGCAUAUAUUUAAGCAAACUGAACAAGUUGUAUGAAAAUGUAAAAUUGUAAAAUGUAUACCUCAAUAAGUAAUUUGAAGUAGGCAUACUCGAAAUAUAUAAAAAAAGGCCACGUACACACUGCAGCUAAAUUCGGGUUGUCAGUUCACCUUUUAGUGCUUAAUCCCCUUCUGUACACACACAGUUCAGUAAAAUACGGGAGUGACAACCGCAUUCUACAACCGAAUUAACUCCCGAAUAAGUAACUCUAUCCGCAUUUACAGCAAUUCUGUGCAGUGUGAACGGAACCGAACUGAACAACAAGUUGUAAUGACGUUUUUUAACGUGCAUCGGAGAUGUUUCUCUCUUCUGUAUGCGCGGUGAAUCACAGAACAAGGAACGCAAUACGAGCCUGGACUCAUUAGUGUUGCCAGAUCUUGCUAGAAAAAUCAGCGAACAAAAACAAGCUCCUAAAAUAAACCGAAAUAAAUCCAAAUGCUUUAUGCUGAAAAUAAGACGAAAAUAUUCAUGUCUACUCACUUGAAUAACUUAAUUAACCCGAUCGCUUAAUGAGCCGAGCUUAAACAACAAGCCCAAAAACGCUGAUAAUGUGUGAACAUGGCAACACAGAAAAAGCACCCCUUUGUAAAACAGGCUGUGCAAGAUUAAAAUGAAACACGACCCCUUUGUCGACUGCGUUUAGUUAAAUUGCUGAAAACGAGUGUUUUGUCACUGUAAUACUGCUUUGGUCACAAUAAGGAUACCAAACAAGAGAGACGCCAGAACGUUGCUAUGGUUUCCAGCCUGUCAAUCAUCGCAUUUUUGGGAGUAAGUCGUGUUCUGUACAUACAUGUAACGAUAAUUUAGGGCAGGGGUCUCCAAACUCGGUCGUGGAGGCCCACUGUCCUGCAGAGUUUAGCUCCAACGUGCCUCACCACACCUGCCUGGAAGUUUCUAGUAGGCCUAAUGCCUAAUUAGAACUUGAUUAAGGUGUGUUUAAUUGGGGUUGGAGCUAAACUCUGCAGGACAGUGGCCCUCCAGGACCGAGUUUGGAGAUCCCUGAUUUAGGGGAUUCACUCCCACAUUUAAAUGCGGUUGUCACUCUAUACAGUGUGUAACUGAGGCCAACAUGUAACUGAACGCUUUCAACCAAAAAGUAAGCUUGCAUUGUCUAUUCACCCAUGGCCUGUUGCACAAAGCUGGUUUCAGUUUCUACCCAGGUAAGUUCAAGAUUAGUUUGAGCAAACUUAGUUUUUUCGGGCUCAUGAAGGUGGAUUGAUUUUUAGCGGGUUCCAUUGCUAUGGUAACUUACACUACACGGUUAACCGCAGGUUUUAUUCUGGGUUAAAGAUCACAGAUCAAAAUUCGACCAAUCAGCUGUGAGUAAAAUGACCUGUAUCUCUCGCUCCAAAUUUAAAUCAGUUCAAAGUGAAAACAUUUUAGAGACAAAAUUGCUCGUCUUUUGCUGCUAAUUAUUUAUUAUAUUAAUUAUAAUUAUGUAUAAUUCAUAUAUUAAUUGGCGAUAUUAAACUUUGCUUUUAAAUUAAAAUAAAUAUAAUACAUGAAUUAAUAUUAAAUAAUAUUAAUAAUAUCAAAUAAAGCUUUCAAACCGGUUAAGUGUAGAGGUCUUUGUUAAACUAUAUAAAUUAAGGCCUAUUUGUUUGAUUCACAUGCAUUGAUAUAGUCAGAUAUUUUCUUUCAGUUGCCUUCUCAAACUUUCGCUGCAGCAGCAGUGUUUAUUACUGCUCUGUAAAUGCAUUUAAUUUCAUAUAUUUUUAUAACAAUCUCUUAAUCUUCGGAAGAGAAGUGAAUUGCGCUCUCCAUGUUCAGUGUGAUUGGCUGUUUGCCGCACGUGUCACACUUUCAAGUUCUCGCGCUUCAGAGAUAAUCGCAAAAUUGACAGAGAACGUUGUGAGCCCGUUGAGCCUGAUCCAAACCAGGUUGGAUUUAUAUGGAUUUGUCAACUCCAAACCUACUCUGAAACUCAGAGUUAGUUCAGCUAGCUUCAUGCAACAGGCCUCUGGUGUGUGCUUGAGUAAUUGUGCUUCUUUACUAUAGCCUACAUAAGUCUAUAUAUUUGGGGAAUUUGUACUUUGAGUCCAUACUGUAUUUCAUUGGUCAUCCUGACAUUUAUUCUUUGUCAUUGUCAUUCUUGAAAAUAUACACAAUGAGUCUUACUGAACUUUGAAGUUUACUGAACUUUUGUUGAAAACAGCCAAUAAAACAGAUUUCAAUGUAAAUGUAA